AAUAAGAACGGUCCACCCAUUCUGAUACACAGAUUUGGUUUACUUCUGUUCUGUGGACUUCUGUGUCUCCCUUUUUUUUCUUCCCCCUCGGAAAAAAAUUCAUCAAAUUUCAUCUGCAACUUUGCAUAGUUCAAUAUUAAUUUUCGAUAAAUUGACAGAUUAUCGGAGAAACUACAAUUAAUUUGUACUUGCAAUUGUCACCUGCAUGCAUGCUGCAUAGAUGAUCUUGAUAUCUUGAUAUUCCCCUGAUAUGAGACAAAGGUAAUGUUUUCUCACUCUGCAUGAAGAGAUAGAGAAGAUAAUUACCUUGUUUUCGAUUUCAUAUCUCGAAAAAUGCAGCAGUUUAGAUUCAUAUCCAUCAAUUCCUUAGCAAUCAUGAUGCUGGUGAUUUUUGCAUGCACGAUUUACUAUUUUUCGGGUUUUCUUGAUUUUCCAUCUGCAUAUUCUUCAAUUUCAUUGGUCCCGAAAUCUCGGUCUAGUUUGCUUGGUGCAUACAGAAAAUGGGAUUCUGAAGUUGGUUGUCAACAGUUUAGACAUAAAUAUAAAGGGUUGAUUAGAAGUAAUAACUCAGUUUCUGUUCAAGAUGCGUAUGGUGAGGUGAAAUGUAGUGUCUUGAAAAUGAAUCAUGUGGCAGUUUUGGUUAAAGGGAGGACUUGGUUACCUGACAAUUUGGAUAAUUUGUAUUCUUGUCGAUGCGGGUUGAGUUGUCUGUGGACAAAGUCUCCUGUUCUUGUCGAUAAACCUGAUGCCUUGUUGUUUGAAACCACCCUGCCGCCACUUCUGAGAAAAAAGGGGGAUCCACUUCGUGUUUACUUGGAUCUUGAACCUGGCAGAAGACGAUCAGCCGUAGAGGAUAUUUUCAUCAGCUACCAUGCCAGCGAUGAUAUCCAGGCAACUUAUGCUGGUGGCCUUUUUCAUAACAAUAGAAAUUAUAAAUUGUCUUCUACCAAGAACGAUGAUAUUCUUGUCUAUUGGUCAUCAUCACGCUGUGUCCCUAAAAGAAACAGGCUUGCGAAAAGUUUACUUAGUUUGCUUCCUCAUCACUCAUUUGGCAAGUGCUUGAACAAUGUUGGCGGAAGAAAUAAGGCUCUGUCACUCUAUCCAGAAUGUGUGAAGUUCAAACCCCCUAAAUGGUGGGAUCAUUUACAUUGUGCUAUGUCUCACUACAAGUUUGUUCUUUCAAUUGAAAACACAGAAACCGAGAGUUAUGUGACAGAAAAAUUGUUUUAUGCGUUAGACUCUGGAGCAGUUCCAAUAUAUUUUGGUGCUCCUAAUGUUUGGGACUUUGUACCUCCUCACUCAAUAAUAGAUGGAAAUAAAUUUAAGUCGGUGGAAGAUCUAGCUACUUAUGUGAAGGAUCUAGCUAAUGAUCCGAUCGCCUAUGCAGAAUAUCAUGCAUGGAGAAGGUGUGGUGUUCUGGGUAACUAUCAGAAGACUCGUGCUGCUAGCUUAGACACGUUACCGUGUAGGCUUUGUGAAGCUGUUAGUAAAAAGGGUGGAACCAAUGCAAAACCAUCUUGAAUACUUCACCAGUCUUGGAUGACAUUUUACAUCCUAAAGCUGCUGGUACAUUACAUAGUACAUAAUGCCAAAGAAAGUAGAGGCUGAAGGACGAAAAAGAGCCCCCAAGGGACACUUUGUGGUGUAUGUAGGAAGCGAAAUGACAAGGUUUGUCGUUCCUAUAUCAUACUUGAAGAACCCGUUACUCCAAGAGCUUCUGCAUAAGGCUGCUGAAGAUUAUGGCUAUGAUCACCAGUCUCCUAUUGUUCUUCCUUGCGAUGAAUCUUCCUUCCGGGGGCUCGUCUCCUCCUUGGCCAAGCGCUAGCAAGCUAGUGACCUGUGAUCUUUAUCUUUGUAAAUUUGAGCUAAAGUAGGAUCUGCAUGCUGCAGUUGAGCAGUUUUUCUGUCGAAUAUUGUAAGUAGUAUUGAUUGUUGAACCAAAGAAACAGCAUGUUCCUAUUCUUGUUAUCAGCAAAUCGGAAUUGUCAAAGAGAAAAACUGUAAAGCUGCGUGGAUAGAUGAAUAGAUGAUUGCAUACAAGCAUA